GUCACUCUACAACUUCUAACCAGCGGUAACAUUAGUUAUUUUUCCCGGGUUGCUCUGCUUCUGCUCCUGCACUGAAACUUUAAUCUGAUUCUUUCCUUUUUCCCUCCGCCCCUCCUCUCGUUACCGCGCCACCGUUCCCACCGGAAACAUCUUCUAACCUCCUCAGCUCGUCCUUUUACACUGCUGGAACCCUAGCUCUGAUUUCCUCGUUUCCAUUCCCGUUAAAUUGAUGCAAACAUGAGUUCAUUUUCCAUCACUCGGAAAAAGACUCCUUUCCAGAAACACAGAGAGGAGGAAGAGGCAAAGAAGAAGAGAGAGGAGGACGAAACUGCUCGAUUGUAUGCGGAAUUCGUGGAGUCAUUUCAAGGAGAUAAUGCGCCCGGGUCUAAGACUUUUGUUCGUGGAGGAACUAUUAACCCCAAUGAGAAAUUGAAGAGCGAAUCCGAGGGUGAAAAGUCCAAAGAUGGGGUAUCUGUUCCAAAGAAGGGAAGUAGAUAUGUCCCAUCGUUCAUUCCACCUCCACUGGCAUCCAAGGGAAAAGAAUCUGACAAGAAGGAGCUGGACAAGCCAAAGGAGAAAGAAAAAGGAAAGUCUAGGAACAUCGAUCAUUUUAUGGAGGAGCUGAGGCACGAGCAAGAGAUGAGGGAAAGAAGAAAUCAAGAUCGCGAACAUUGGCGAGAAGGACGCCAUGGAGAAAAUUCAACACCAUCUAGUCGAUUUGAUGAACUACCUGAUGACUUCGAUCCUAGUGGGAAGUUCCCUGGAUCAUUUGAUGAUGGAGAUCCUCAAACGACUAACCUUUAUGUAGGAAAUUUAUCUCCACAGGUUGAUGAAAACUUUCUCCUUCGAACUUUUGGAAGAUUUGGACCAAUUGCUAGUGUGAAGAUAAUGUGGCCAAGGACAGAAGAGGAGCGAAGACGGCAAAGAAAUUGUGGAUUUGUAGCUUUCAUGAAUAGAGCUGAUGGACAGGCUGCAAAGGAUGAAAUGCAGGGUUUGUUCUAUUUCUUUUAGUUAUUUUCGAGUUGU